AUGACCGCGCGUUUUAUAUCGGCGUAUACUUUCUCCCAUGAUUUUUUCAUAUGGUGAUUCGUUCAAUGAUAAUUUCAAAAUUCGAGAUUUACGAAUUAAAGAGUGAAAACCAAAAUGGAUCGACAAGAAGAUAAUGAACAACAACAACAACAACAGAUAACAAAUGUAUAUGGAUUAUAUUUACAAAAAUAUUAUCGUGAUUUACAACGAUUACAAUUACAACAUGGUCGUUUAUGGCAAUCAUAUCGUGAAUUGCAGAUAAAAUCAAAACAACAGCAAACAGCUGGCCAUCAUCAACAACAUUCGAAUGAUAAUACAAAAACAGACGAUGAACAAUUACGACAAGAAUUAGAACAGGAAAAAUUAUUAAAUAAAACAUUAAAUGCUGAACGUGAACAAUUAAUUUCAAAUAUAAAAACAUUCGAAAUUCGUCAUAAAGAAUUGUUGGCCAUUUUGAAUAAAGAUUAUGAAAAAGCUGCUCGAAUAAAAGAAUUAGAAAAUGAAAAUAAAGAAUUACGUGAAACAUUAGAUUUUGUUACAUCGGAAAACACUGUACUUAAGGAUAUUGAAGAACGUUCAUUCAAUGAAAAACGUGAAUGGAUUGAAGAGAAAAAGAAAUAUGAAGAGGUGGUUGUUUGGUCAAAACAUUUGAAUGAUAAACAUAAACAAACAUUAUCCGAAAUUGAAUCUUAUACUCAACAAAUAGAUUCAGUGGAUAAAUUUUUAAAUAUUGUUAUCGAUUCAUAUGUAAAUUGUACGGAAAAUACAACGGAUUCAGAUUUAUCAUCAUUGAUUGAUGAUUUUCGUAAAUGUUCCAUAAAUAAUACGGAAUCGUUUGCGAAAAAAUUGGAAAUUACCGAAAAAUUUAUUAAAUUAUUGCCAUCAACAAUAAAACCUUCUACAGCACAACAGCAAAAUAGUGAUAUCCUUAAUAAUAACAGUAAUUCAAAUACGACAAAUAACAAUCAAGAUUUGAAAAUGAAAAUUGCCGAUCUCAUCAAAGAAAAUACAAUGUUAAAAGAAAAUAUUCAAUGUUUAAAAAUUGAAAUUGAUGAAUUGAAAAAAUUAUUAUCCAACAAUAAUGAUGGUUCGAUGUCUGGCGAACAAAUCGAUUUAAAGCUGGAAAAUGUUAAAAUAUUGGAAAAAUUACGCAUGAAAGAAGAUCAGUUGGAAAAAUUGAAUGAAAAAUUUGCCCGUAAUCGUGCCGUAUUGGAAGAAAAUUAUCGCCGUUCAUUAAAUGAAAUCAAAACAUUGGAUAAUUUUAUUGCCAUCAUUAUCGACAAACUUAAUAAAUUACCCGACGAAUUGAAAAAACAUGAUCAAUUAAAAGAAUUGAUUACUAUUGUUAAUGAAAAUUAAAAUUUCGAUUUUUAUUUAAAAAUGAAACGAAAUAGUACUGGAUUAUCGAAAAAUUUACUUCAAAUGAAAUUUAUGCAACGAAGUAAAGAAAAUUAUGAAAAUGCUGAAAAAGCUGAACAACAACGACAGCAAGAAAAACAAACCACCCGGCAACAAGAAUUAAUGGAAUUAUGUCAAAAAGAAGAGGAUAAAUUUCUUGCAACAAAUAGUUUUAUUUUUUGUGAAAAUUUAGAAUAUGGUCGUAUGUCAUUUAAAGGUAUGAAUCCUGAAAUUGAACAAUUGAUGCGUAUAAAAAGAAAACAAAAUCAAGAUAAUAAUAAUGAUGAUGAGAAUGGUGAUGAUGAAACGAUUAAAAAAACGGCCAAAGAUGAAGCAGACGUAUCCGAUGAUGAAAUGACCAAUAUUUUGAAAAAAAGGAAAAAGAAAAAAUCAUCAUCAUGAUAAUGAUGAUGUUUCAUCUUUCAGUGUAACAUCUGGAUCAAUUUCUUCAUCAUUUUGCUAACGAAAAACCGAAAAAUUAAAUUCAUUCACCCUGCAUCAAAGAUUAUGUU